UGCGGUGUGUCCGUCCUCGAGAAGGUCGCGUUUCCGGCGCUGGGCGAGUGGCGCUCGGCCGUCGCGGGGCUCGGGAUGGCUGGCUACACCCCCGACGAGAAGCUGCGGCUGCAGCAGCUGCGCGCCCUGCGGCGCCGCUGGCUCAAGGACCAGGAGCUGAGUCCGCGCGAGCCCGUCCUGCCCCCGCCGAAACUCGGGCCAGUGGACAGCUUCUGGAAGCGCUUCCUGCAGCCGGGCUCCUUCUGGCGGCUGCAGACUUUCAAGCUGUACAGAGCUGGUGUAUUUACUGUAUCUUGGCUACUUAUUCCUUCCUGGUUUCUUCACUACUAUAUCAAAUACCAUGUAAAGAAAAGGCCAUAUGGUGUUACUGAAACGAAGUACUGCAUAUUCCCAGGUGACAAAAUUCUAGAGACAGGAGAAAUAAUCCCACCAAUGGAAGAAGAGCCUACUGGUCAUCACUGAAGGUUAUAAACUCUAGCUUUGUUCCUAUAAAAAGUGUUAAAUAUUUCCAGAUAUGUAAAACAAUAAAGUUGCUUUC